CUCUGUGUAUUCGUGCCACCUCUUCUUAACAUCUUAAGAGCCUGGGAACUCCGUUUCCCAGCGCACCAGAGGGACUCUAGGCAACUCUGGGCGUUGAUAGGCGUUGUGGCAGCGGAAACUACAUUACCCAGAAGUCUCUACAGUGCUAGGCGGUGUAGGCUGAGCCAAAAAAAGCUUAAGAGAGCCUGCAUACGUGCGUACGCAUUGCCUGGGGGCGGGGCUUCCGGCGUUUGCCUUGUAGUCUUUGAGCUGCUGUCCUGCUGCUCACUUGUUCAGGGGUUUUCAGUCGCAUGGUGGGCACCGAAGAGACGGAGCGGAAAGCGAGAGGAGAUGCGUUGGCCCCUCUGCUCAGUGGCGGCUGUGAGGCCCCCUGAGCCCGUAGUUGACGGCAGUGCCCUCGGUCCGUCCUCGCUCUUCCCAUGACCGGCGACCGAAGCCGCGGCGAUGACGCCGGCUCAGGGCCUUGUGGUCUUUGAGGACGUGGCCAUAUACUUCUCCCAGGAGGAGUGGGGACUUCUUGAUGAGGCUCAGAGACUCCUGUACUGUCGAGUGAUGGUGCAGAACAUUGCACUUCUGUCCUCCGUAGGAGGAGAUUGGGGCUCGGAGCUCGACCGUCCUCUCGGGCUCACCACACCCAGGGGAGUGCGCGGGUUCCGCCGGCUUUUCAACCCGCUUCUGCUCACAGGACCCCAUGGCGGCUGCCGCGCUUAUGGACCGGGCUCAGGGUGGUGUGACCUUCGAGGAUGUGUUCGUGUACUUCUCCCGGGAGGAGUGGGAGCUGCUGGAGGAAGCUCAGAGACUCCUGUACCGCGAUGUGAUGCUGGAGAACCUUGCACAUGUGGCUGCCUUGGAUUUGAGACCCUCCUUCUGUUUCGCAGGAGGGCUGAGAGGAGCUACUCCACGUUCAAGGUCAGGAGGGGCGGCAGUGAGGAGAUACCCCUCGUCCAAGGUAAGGAGCAGCGGCUGCGCUUUUUGUCGGCGGUGUCCUCCUACCUGCCCCACUCGCCGCAUCUCCUGGCCCAGCUCUUCCCUCCGGCCAGUGACCGAGGUCGGCGCAGGUGGGUGCUGUGUCUCCCGGGCCCCCACCUGGCCCGACUCCGAGUCCCAGAUCCGGGGGGAAGGGUGCCCGUUCAGGUCCCUGCCGGUCAGCCCCAGAGUCCAGAACUGAGGGCGGCCUUGUGA